ACUGUGGACUGUGGCGGGUGGCCGAGUCAGUCGAGUGUGGUGGCCGACUGUGGCUGUCGUCGGUCGUCGAGGGGUCGACGCCGUCGACGGAACAAUCCGAACGAUCAGUAUCCAUCGGUAAAUUGGUAUUUAUUUAUUGUACUGAUCGAUAUUCGUGGGCACUCUCAGCGUUCGCUGCGAACGGGGAGUUGUAGGCUAACAAUAAGCAAAUAAGCAAACGAGUGAAUGGGUGGGCGGGAAAGGUGCAUUCGCGAAGCCAACAGAGUGAACAGAGGCCAACUGUUUUAGACGCAACGUAGACGUGUUCAGACGUGCACUGGUGGUGUGCAGGCUUCUCGACGUCGUUUUCAAAACAGAUAGCAAAUUGGCGGCUCGUCUCCUGCACUUGUCAAUCGAUGUCGAACGUAAAUUGUUACAAGUUUAGCAAUAUGCGAUGGAAGACGCAGCUUCUCCGGCAGCUGUUACGCCGUCGUUAACCACAUUAUCCAAGAAACCCGUCGGAUAUCCGUCGGAAUAUCGACAUUCUCAACUUUACCAAAUUUUUCCACCAUUCAUAUAAAGUCAUGGACGGUACCUGCCUUCAUCAGUUGGUCGCAGCACCCAUAAAAAAUUUCCUGCAACUACAACGGAUCAAAGAGAUAAAGUGGAUGAAUCCACGAGCAUGUACAAAUGAGGCAUAUACUCCUACAUCCAUUGAACAUAUGGCAAAUGUGGCAACUCAUGGAAUAUGGGUUGUACCCUCGGUAAUUGGUGGUAUCGAACUUGUACGGCGUUCGUCAACAUGGGCUCAGUUUGUUUCCGCUUGCGUAUACGGCACUUCCUUGAUCCUUGUCUUUGCAGUGUCAACUUUCUUCCACAGUGUACAUUAUUGCAAUCAUAACAGACAACUAAAAGAUGCAUUGCAUCGUUGCGAUCGUGCUAUGAUUUACAUCUUCAUAGCAGCCAGUUACUUUCCAUGGUUAAAUAUAGAACAUUUCUCAGACGAUGAUCUGUUAUUCGCGAUGCGAUAUGUCGUCUGGAUCAUGGCUAUAAUGGGUAUCCUUUACCAGCAGAUCUUUCACGAAAAAUACAAGAUGCUCGAAACUAUUUUCUACGUAGUUAUGGGUAUUGGACCUAGCGUCGCGAUCCUUAAUGUUUAUAACUAUUACAAUAUUACGGAAUUGAAACUGGGUGGACUGAUAUACGUUCUUGGCUUAGUAUUUUUCAAAUCGGAUGGUCGUAUACCUUGCGCGCACGCAAUCUGGCAUCUUUUCGUAGCUGCGGCCGCUGGAUUUCAUUAUUACGCGAUUCUGAACCAUGUAUUUCCUGACAAUGAGACAGACUCGACGAAUGUUCUUGGACCAUCUGGCAGCAUGCCACAAUUAUCUAAUAUAUUAAAGCCUCAUAUAGAGUUGUAGGAGUUGUAUACUAUUUUUUACAAUAUUUCUUCCAAAUGCUAAAGAUUCUAAAAUGUUUUAAAGUUUUUAAGGAUGAACUCUGU